AUGUCAAGCGGCGUACCUCUGCCCGAAUCAUCAAAGAACGUGGUUGUUGACACCGCUUCUCUUCCCGCCUCUUCCACAGCGUCCGUUUGGGACCGCAUCUCGAAAUGGGUGUCUGAGAACAAGGCGCUCGUCUAUACCGUUGCCGGAGUUGCGGUCGUGGUGACCAGCGCCGGUGUCGUCUACUACCUCAACGACUCAAGCCGGUCCGGCAAAACCUCUACCACCCCGACUACUCCCGCAGAGAAGAAGAAGAAGAAGAGCGGCAGUCAGCGACGAAAGGAGAAGAAGGCCGAGGAAGAAAAGAAGAAAGCUGCCUCUGUCCAGGACGAGAAAACAGAAAAGAAGGCUGAAGAGCCUUCAGAAGAGAUUCCCGAGGUUGACGAGGCCACUGUUGGACAGUUAGAUGAGGAGACUCGAAAAGCAUAUGCUGCCAAGUUAAAAGCCGCUGGAAACAAGGCGUACGGUUCCAAGGACUACCCUAAAGCCAUUGAGCUUUACGGAAAGGCUAUCCUCUGCAAGCCCGACCCGGUCUUCUACUCGAACCGCGCGGCCUGCUACAAUGUUCAGUCUAAGUGGGAAAACGUUGUUGAAGACACUAGUGCUGCGCUUGCAAUGGACAGCGAAUACGUCAAGGCCCUGAACAGGCGUGCCAUCGCGUACGAACAUCUCGAGAAGUAUAGCGAAGCUCUUCUCGACUUCACCGCCAGCUGCAUCAUCGACGGCUUCUCAAAUGAUGUCAGCCGUGUCGCGCUCGAGCGACUCUUGAAAAAGGUUGCAGAGCGGAAGGGCAAGGAAAUCCUCGAAGCCAAGGGCAAGAAGCUUCCCAGCCCAACCUUCGUUUCCAACUACCUGCAAAGCUUCCGACCCAAGGCCCUUCCCGAAGGCCUUGACGAGUCGGCCGACUUCCCCGAAGAAUCUGGAAAGGGUCAGCUCCGCAAGGGUCUGUUAGCAAUGGCCAAGAAGACUGGCGAUGGCUACGAGGAGGCCUCCGCGGCCUUUGUCAAGGCACUCGAUCUUGGCGAUCUGGGUGAGUUCGAGGGUCUGGCUCUCAACCAGCGAGCAACCUUUACAUACUUGCAAGGUAAUGCGCAGGACGCGCUGGCCGAUCUUAACAAGAGUGUUGAGCUCGACCCCUCGCUCGUUCAGAGCUACAUCAAGCGUGCCAGCCUGCACCUCGAGCUAGGUGAAAAGGACGCUGCCCAGGACGACUUCGAGCUUGCGAUUACCCACAACAAGGACGACCCUGACAUCUACUACCACCGUGCUCAGCUUCAUUUCAUCCUAGGUGAAUUCGCCGAGGCUGCCAAGGACUACCAAAAGUCGAUCGACCUCGACCGAACGUUCAUCUACUCCCACAUCCAACUCGGUGUCACACAGUACAAGAUGGGCUCCGUUGCGUCUGCGAUGGCCACUUUCCGAAGGUCCGUAAAGAACUUCGAGGACGUGCCCGAUGUCUACAAUUACUACGGUGAACUGCUCCUGGACCAGCAGAACUUCGCCGAAGCUAUUGAGAAGUUCGACAAGGCCGUCGAGAUGGAGACUCAGAGCAAGCCCAUGGGCAUCAACGUCCUUCCUUUGAUUAACAAGGCUCUCGCUUUGUUCCAGUGGAAGCACGAUUUCGCCGAGGCCGAACAGCUGUGCCAGAAGGCUCUGAUCAUCGAUCCCGAGUGCGACAUUGCCGUCGGAACCAUGGCUCAACUGCUCCUGCAGCAGGGCAAGGUCUCCCAAGCGCUCAAGUACUUCGAGCGUGCUGCUGAGCUAGCGCGCACCGAGCCAGAGAUCGUCAAUGCCAUUUCGUAUGCGGAGGCAACCCGAACCCAACUGGAGGUCCAGGAGAAAUACCCACAGCUUGCCGCGCGCCUGCAGAGCAUGGGCGCCGGCUUCGGCGGCCCUCCCCCCAUGUAA